CACAUUAAUUUGGGUAAAUGUGCUGGCCAAUGGGGUCGCAGGAUAACAGUGGGCGGGUCUCCUCUACCUGGUAGUCAGCCGGUGUGUCCUGUGAGUUUAGCUGAUUGGUAUCCACACCUCAUGAUGAUCAGCCUGCAGGAGCUCUGUGCUGGGCUUCCAUUGCACCCUCUACCCCAGAGCAAGGAGAGGGACGAAGGGGUCCCCCAUGCACCUAUCCGGGUACCCCAACUCUCUCCGCAGGAGGAGAAGCUGGCUCUGGAGAACGCUUUGCGGUACUUUCCACCUGAGCACCACAAAACGCUGGCUCCGGAAUUUGCUGCGGAGCUGAGACGUUAUGGGCACAUAUAUAUGUACCGGUUCUGCCCCAACAUCCACAUCAGGGCGUACCCAAUCGCAGAAUAUCCAUGCAGAACCAAGAAGGCCGCCGCCGUAAUGCACAUGAUCAUGAAUAACCUGGAUCCGGCUGUGGCUCAGUUUCCCCAGGAGCUGGUGACGUAUGGCGGGAACGGGCAGGUGUUCAGUAACUGGGCCCAGUUCUGGCUGGUGAUGCACUAUCUGUCUGAGAUGACUGAACAUCAGACCUUGGUGAUGUACAGUGGGCAUCCGCUUGGCCUCUUUCCCAGUCACCCUGGAGCUCCACGAGUGGUAAUCACCAAUGGAAUGGUCAUUCCCAACUACUCCUCUAGGAAAGAUUAUGAGAAGAUGUUUGCAUUAGGAGUGACAAUGUACGGACAGAUGACUGCUGGAAGCUACUGCUACAUUGGCCCGCAGGGCAUCGUACAUGGCACCGUGCUGACGGUAUUAAAUGCAGGAAGGCGCUAUCUUGGGUUAGAGAAUCUUGCCGGAAAGGUGUUUGUGACCUCUGGUCUUGGAGGCAUGAGUGGGGCACAAGCGAAGGCGGCUGUUAUCGUCGGCUGCGUGGGGGUCAUUGCUGAGGUUGAUGAGAACGCCCUGUUGAAGAGAUACAAGCAGGGCUGGUUGAUGGAGAUUGCCAAGUCUUUGGACGAGUGUAUACACCGGAUUCGAAAAGCGCGGAAGGGUAAAGAAACGCUCAGCCUGGGAUACCAUGGGAAUAUCGUGGACCUCUGGCAAAGGCUGGUGGAGGAGUAUGAUAGAACUGGGGAGUUGCUGGUAGACCUGGGAUCUGACCAAACGUCCUGCCACAACCCCUUCAGUGGCGGAUAUUACCCGGUGCAGCUGUCCUUCCAUGAAGCCAACCAACUACUCAGCAGUGACCCUCAGACGUUUCGCCAACAUGUGCACGAAAGUUUACGGCGGCAGAUUUCUGCAAUCAACAGACUGUCUGAGAAGGGCAUGUUUUUCUGGGACUACGGCAAUGCCUUCCUGCUGGAGGCGCAGAGAGCAGGUGCUGAUGUAGAGAGGAGGGGAGAACGCGGCAUGGAGUUCAGAUACCCAUCCUACGUUCAGCAUAUAAUGGGAGACAUCUUCUCGCUGGGUUUCGGGCCGUUCCGCUGGAUUUGCACCUCUGCAGAUCCGUCUGACCUGGCGGCCACUGAUCGCAUAACAGCGGAUGUUCUGGAGGACAUUAUUGCACAAGGAGUCAGUGAUCCGGUGAGGAAGCAGUACACCGAUAACAUUCGAUGGAUCCGAGAAGCUGGGAAACAUGAAAUGGUUGUCGGCUCUCAAGCAAGAAUUCUGUACUCAGACCAGAAAGGGAGACUGGCCAUCGCUGUAGCCAUAAAUGGUGCUGUGGCUUCUGGGCAAGUUAAGGCUCCGGUGGUAAUUAGCCGGGAUCAUCAUGAUGUGAGUGGGACGGAUAGCCCCUAUAGAGAGACUUCCAAUAUAUACGAUGGCUCCUCCUUUUGCGCAGAUAUGGCUGUACAGAACUUUGUAGGAGAUGCUUUCCGAGGAGCGACCUGGGUAGCGCUGCAUAACGGGGGUGGUGUUGGAUGGGGCGAAGUUAUCAAUGGAGGCUUUGGCCUGGUUCUGGAUGGCUCCUCAGAGGCGGAACAAAAUGCUAAGUCUGUGCUGAGCUGGGAUGUGUCCAAUGGGGUGGCCAGGCGCUGUUGGUCGGGAAACAGCAACGCAUAUGACGCAAUCAUCCGCACAAUGGAGGAAAAUCGCAGCCUGAGAGUAACCCUUCCUCACGCAGUCAAGGACAAGUCUGUACUGGAGGAGGCACUCGGCCAGAAGUGACGCCUGCACUCUCUCAUUCCACAAUCCUGUGAUACCCCAGUAAUUGGGGGGAAAACACCCGUUAUCUGAGAUUUAUACAGAUCUCCUGAUGCUCGUAACUGCAUUUUAUUGUGUCAUCUGUCAUUACGUUCCAUAUGCCUCUUCUGUCCACGAGGCUACUCUAUCUGACGGCGUUCCUUAGGCCGUAUUCUUAUGAUUGAAAAUUAAUCUGCCAAUCCCUCUGUUUUACAGGACACUAUAAUGCAUUAAAUAAUCCAUAACUGGUAUAUACAGUA